AUGGCACCAACAGCUGCUGGACAGCCCAUGUACAACAAAGAUGAGAAAGUGUUGUGUUUCCACGGCGAGCUGCUGUACGAAGCCAAAGUGCUGGACUACAAGCUGAAAGACAAUGCGGAAGGAAAGAAAGAUGUUAUCUACCUCUACCGCGUCCAUUACAAGGGCUGGAAGAACACGUGGGACGACUGGGUGCCCCAAGAACGUGUUCGCAAGCUCACAGACGAGAACAAGGAACUCGCACAGAACCUCAAGAAGGACAUGGAUGCUCAGCGCAGAGCAGCCUCUGGCAAGCCUCCUUCGACAUCCACCACCAAGAAGCGUCCUUUUGGCUCCGAUCUGACAGGUGGCUCUUCGGCCCGUGGCAGCGAGGACAGGAGCUCUGUCGCGCCAAUGCCACCGCGAGGAACGAAGCGAGGACGCGACAUCGAGGGCAUCGACAAGGAAGAAGAAUUCGUGCGACGACCAGCCGUGCGAUUAUUCAUCCCUGACACUCUCAAGUCGAUACUGGUCGACGACUGGGAGAAGGUCACCAAGGAGCAGAAACUCGUGCCUAUGCCUUCGUCAACACCCAUCACUCAGUUCUUGAACGACUACUACGAAGCAGAGAGCAUCCACAGAAGACCAGGUUCUGCCGACGCUGACAUUCUCGAAGAGAUCAUCGCGGGCGUCAAGGAGUACUUCAACAAGGCACUUGGGCGCAUCCUUCUGUAUCGGUUCGAGCGGCCACAGUUCUACGAGGUUCACAAGCAGGUUGAGUCUGGUCAUGGCGAGCAGGCCGGUAAGACGUUAUGCGAUAUGUAUGGCUGCGAGCAUCUUCUGCGACUGUUUGUCUCCAUGCCAGAUCUGAUCGCGCAUACCAACAUGGACACUCAGUCCGUCAGUCGCCUUCGAGAAGAACUGUCCAAGAUGACUCAGUGGUUAGCGAAGAGAGUGGAGAAAUACCUCUCCGCAGACUACGAGCACGCUGGGCAAGACUACCUUGACGGCGCGAAGACCGGCGCUUGA